CGACAGCACUUUGCGGCAGCAGGGAAAUCGAGGAGAAAGCAGCGACAAACGUCGCCAGCGGAUACGUUAUCGCCUCAGAAACCAUUGGAUUUAUGUAAUAUUCGGUGAACUACCUUGUAUAUUGAUUGUAUAUAUCUUCGCCUUGUGGAUGAGAUUGUGUUCAACGUUUUCCAAGCGUCAAUCUCCACCUUAAUGCGGUGGGAUGGCCACAGUGCCGCCUGGGCCUAGUAGCGCACUGCCUGCAUCCCCGGCUGAAAUUCCUCCUUUCCCCGGGGCUGGGAGCGCGGAGCCGGCGGGGGAACACGGAGAGCCGGCCUGCCACAGGGAGGACUGUGUGUCCGCCGAUACGGGGAAGAAGUCGCAGCCGUUGGGCGACGUCACAACGUCGGUUAAGAAUAAGCAGAAAAACAUGCUAGCACGAGCUAGCCCGGCGGCGCUGCACCUCAAAAUGCAAGCGCGAGAGCAGCAGCUGAACGGGUUGUCCGGUCCCUCAGAGGACACUGACAGCCGCCAACACACAGGAAACCGGCCUGACAACCCGAGACCGUCCGUGGACAGCUGUGAUAGCAGCGGCAGCAGCGAGGAGGCUCCAACUGCUAGAAACAAUAGUGAGCGUUGCCAACACGAAGGCCACAGCCCCUUCUCCAAAAACGGCAGUCACUCUCCGCUGGUUAACAAUAGCAUGAACGGGAUGCCGGGUUUCACAAGAACUGAGGCGGCCCACAGCCACCCUGGGGACGAAGGGAAGGGGGAGUUUGACCACACGGAGCCACCGAGACCGCCGAGCGUCGAGCCGCCGGACGCUGCCGGGCCCGGCGGACUGGGGAGCCCCGCUGACCCGCAGCAGCAACCGCCGGUCGAGGAGCUGGCCCGGCUCGACCUGAGCGGCUCUCCCGGCCGAGCGGAAGAGGAUAGCUACGGCAUCCGCUAUGUCCGCUACGAGUCCGAACUUCAGAUGCCGUGGAUCAUGAGACUGAUCACCAAGGACUUGUCUGAGCCUUAUUCAAUUUACACGUACAGGUACUUCAUCCACAACUGGCCGCAGCUCUGCUUUCUGGCCAUGGUGGAGCAGGAGUGUGUCGGAGCCAUAGUAUGUAAGCUUGACAUGCACAAGAAGAUGUUCCGUCGUGGCUACAUCGCCAUGCUGGCCGUGGACUCAAAACACAGAAGGAAAAGCAUCGGUACUAAUCUGGUGAAGAAGGCCAUCUAUGCCAUGGUGGAGGGUGACUGUGACGAGGUUGUAUUGGAGACUGAAAUCACCAACAAAUCAGCCCUGAAGCUGUACGAGAACUUGGGGUUUGUCAGAGACAAGAGGCUGUUCAGAUACUACCUGAAUGGAGUGGACGCGCUGCGGCUCAAACUGUGGCUCCGCUAGAGGAAAGAAGAGGGGGACAGGGGAGGAUGGGACAGCCGGUGCUGUUCACCUCAAACACUAUCAGCUUGACAGCCUCAGCUCUGCCCUGGUCAUUUCACUCUUCACACACACACACACACACACAUUCACACACAUUCACACACAGUACACACACAGCACACACACAGCAGUAUGCACAUAGGUAUGCAUAGACACGCAGACACACCCUCUUUUUGUCCUUGACCUCUGAACAACUGUUGUUUAGGCAGAAACAGACUGACAUCCCACCUGAUGCUUUCAUGAAGGGGCCCCUGAUACUUUCUGUGACGAGGAGGGGGGCGCGUGAGGGUGGUCUCUGGGAUGACCUCGACUGGGGGACUAGUUGACCUUUGUGACCUUCAAGCUUGGAUGCCACAUUGACCGCGACGCGAGGUGUGAGACAGCUCAAGUGAAGACGUGCGUCCGAAAACCCCCAGAGGACAUGGAACCACACCAAAUCCUCCUGCAGAACACAGGACAAACACAGACUUAAAGAAAAACAACACCAUGUGAAACAAGGAAGCAGGGCGGUAAAAACAGACUGGGAAGAAAAUAUUUGUGGAGUUUAUUUUUGUGUUUCUUUUUUAACCUUGUAAUUUGGACGGUUGAUGGAAAAGCUAUAGUAUGACUGAGUGUUUGUACCGCCUCAUGUUUUUUUUUUUUUUUUUUUUUGGAAAACAAGUGUUUGGCCUGUUUUUGUGUGCAUGUGUAUGUGGCGUGGUUGGUUUCACUGUGAGCAAGUGAACGUGUUUGUGUGACUGUGCGUCGUAUGUUUUCGUCUCCCCCAUCCUGUCCAGUGGGCGCAGCUGCACCCUGCUGCUGUUUCCAUCACCUGCCUCAGCCUCCAGGACUGAAGCCUGUAAAGAUAUGCAUGCAUUUAUUUUAAUGUGAGUGCGGGGCGAAAAAGCGUGAAGAGUGUGUGUUGAUUUAACCAGUCUAACCAGUCUGAGGCUAACCCCUCCGAAUCCUUCCCUGUGUUUGGGGUAAGCAUGUUGGUGCGGAGCAGUUGAUCGAAACAAAUCAAUCCAUUAGCACCUCAAACUUUGCCCAACUGGUGGAGCUUCCACCUUUUUUUGCUUCAGUGUCCUUCACUAAAUCUCUCAUCAUCAAACCCUGACAGUAUGGGUGGGUGAGUUUUUGUUUUUCCCAAACGCACUGCCAGCUGCUGCAAAAUCCCUAAAAAGGAGAAAAUCGGAGUCUCUCACCAUAGACUCCUUGCCAAUGAUGGUGUGGUCAAACGUGUCCUCUCAGUUUACUCCUUUUUACAUUAUUCAUCUGUUUCUCCUCAUUGCAAGUGCCACUCGACGCAUCAACACUCUUGGACCACAACUGCAGUGAUCACACAGCAGCCUCGGCCCCCCGGCUCUGGACUGCGCUCGGCACCAGACCAGAGGCGAAGUGUUACAUAUGCUGGAUUCCUGUUUGAGUAUGCUGUGUGCGUGUUUGUGUUUAGCUCUUGAUAAAAAGGAAAAAAUAGACAAGUAUUCUUAGCAGAUUAUAUUUUAUUCUUGUGUUUGCUUUCAGUUUAUUUAGAUUGUCUACUUUACACCUGUAUAACUUCAUGCUGCUCAAAAGCGGCUGAGUCCACAAUGCACUUCCCAGGUGCCCUAACUCGAUGCACAACCAACCUCGCUAACAUUUUAAGAUCUCCAGCCUGGAACACGUCAUAGAUGCACCCGGACGUUCCACUCCACACUAAUUAUGGCAAAGAAAGUUAGCUUCAGCCGCUUUUUGUUUUUUCUUAAAAAGUAAAAUGAACAAAGGUCAGAUGCACAUCUUUGGAAAUUGCUGCAGUGUGUAUGUGUAUGUAUGAAAGUGUCUGUGUGUGUGUGUGUCUUGUUAUUUUGACAGCGGUGUGGAUCUGUUCUGUUUGACUUUGAUUUCUCUACUUUCAGAGGCCCCGCGCAGGAAAAUCAGAGCCUUUUGAGGUGUUGUGCUUUUGCUCCAGCCUAAUAAGAACAACAGGAAGGAACAAAUCACACACUUUUUAAAAAAAAAAGCUUUCCUGAAUUGGAGUUAGUAAUUAAUGCAAAAGAAAGGGCAGCAGACAGUUGGGUUGAUCGUUGAGGGGGACAAUAAACCUUAAAUCAAAUAUUUGGAACAACCUACGUCACAAGUUGUAAAUGCAAUUUUUUUAAGUAAACUUCAAAUUAUGCAAUUGGACAUCUGUGUGCUUUUAUCCUGCCUAAAUAUUCAGAGUAGAAAGCACUGUGAGACACUGCCACGUGGCACAACUGAAUCAGAGUAAAAUCUGCUACAAGAUAUUGACUAUAGAACAAACUCUGUCUCUGGGAAGCAUUUAUGGUAGUCAGAUGCUAUAAUGAUUUAAGGAUCAAUGAGCAAGUCUUUAUGAAUGACACUACAGGGUCCUGUCGGUUUUUUGGGUUUAUUUCCCCUUUCAGCAGUUAAUCAAAGAUAUGUCAUCCCCAGGAGCCGAGGACUGAAAGGGAGAGUAGAUGUUUACAGAGUUUCCACCAACAAAACAGUCCCAGUAUGUAAGUGUAUGUGUGCAUUUAGAGCAAUGGAUCAGAUGACCUAUAUUUCUUUCUUUUUUUUUUUUUUGUUUUUGUUUUUUUCAGAUUUGUAUAUGAGUGUUGUUCUAUUCAUCAGAUAUAUUGAGAGCAUGUUUUUUUUUUUUUUUUUUUUUUUUUUUUUUUUUGGAGAAUCAUUUGUUGGGAAGGGGGCGGUUUGGGUUGAUUUAUCAGAUUUGAUUUUUAUUUUUAAUUUCUGUGCUACUUUAGCCCAUCCAGAGGUGUUAGGAGAAUUCUGAGCAGUUCAUAGUGGGCAUAUGAAAGUGCUCUAGACCCCAAACACCGACUGUUUUUACUGCUCAUCUGACACUCUAUUUCAAUAGUCGCCAUGUGUAAACGCCUUCUGGUUUAUUUUGGAGGUUUAAAAUCCUCUGUCCCUGUGUUGGACACUCGUUUCCCCUCUUCUGUGUCCCAUCACUGUCCCAGCCUUUUCUUCUUCUUACACUGAGACUACUUACGAAUUAAAGGACAGGAUAGGUAACACCUUACAAAAUUAGCCUCCUUUAAACUAGUCAUCAGUACAACGGGGUGUUUUAAAUUUUGAAGGAAAAGGGUCUGUUAUCUUCUUUUUUUGUUGUACUCCUGUGAAACUCUGGCAGUUCCAUUAGGUAUAUGGGCAUUACAGCCUGUCACAAAGAGCCAAAGGGCUCUGUUUGGACCAUGAUCACAGACUGAAGGGCUUCGUCAUCAAUAUCAGUUUGUAGCCAUGGCUUGUGAUGUUGCAUAGUUUUCUCAGCUCUCUCUGACAACGCAUUUGGAAUAAGUUUUGACUUGACAUGCCAGUUCAGUGUUCACAGAUGUCAGAAGCAGUUUUUUUUUUCCUCAUUCUGGACCUCCACUGCACUAUCCAGGUGGCUGAUUCUAACAAUCACAACCCCACUUCUCUGUCCUCACCUGGGGCGACAUCUGCCAUCCUACAUUUUGAGUGUUACAAUCAUGAACUCCCCCAGAAACCAGUUUGUUAGUCAGAUAAACAAGAUUUAUCUUGGCCUGCGCCACAAAAAGCUGUGGUCCCUGCAACCAAACAACCACAGGGGAUUCCUGCAGUCUUUUCAAGGCGGCCAGCACUGCCUCCAUCCACGAAGUGUGCAAAGGGGAGAGCAAAAGGUUUUUUUGCAUGUCAGAUUUCUGUUUGCCCUGUUCCUCUUCCCUGUCCCCCUCUCUUGAUUUUGAUCUGGAAAUGUCCGAUAGCUUUUAUUUAAUGUGGAAAAAGAACACAGAAAUAAAUUAUUUGAUUUUUUUAAUGCUGUAAA